AAGUUUGGUCCUCAGCGGCUUCCGUCCUGCAGCAAGGCCGGAACAAGGCCAGGAGGCUGGGGUCGUGGGACCUGGCUCGGGACCGGGCUGGAGAUGGAGUUCGACUGCGAGGGCCUGAGACGGCUGCUUGGCAAGUACAAGUUCAGGGACCUAACUGUGGAAGAACUAAAGAAUGUAAAUGUAUUUUUCCCACAUUUCAAAUAUUCCAUGGACACCUAUGUUUUUAAAGAUAGUUCCCAGAAAGACCUGCUGAAUUUUACUGGCACAAUUCCUGUGAUGUAUCAGGGAGAAUGGAUGGAGAUGAAUGCAGCUAGCCAUGGGAUCCAUGCAGAGAUUGCAGAGCCACCUCAACCUCCCAAAGUGAUGGGAUUACAGCCUAAAUCUGUCAUUGUUGGAUUAAUUAAAGAAAUGAUUGCCAAGUUUCAAGAGGAACUUCCGCUGUAUUCUGUACCAUCAUCUGAUGAGGCACGGCAGGUAGACUUGCUAGCCUAUAUUGCAAAAAUCACUGAAGGUGUUUCAGGUAUAAAUUCAAAGAGCUGGGCAAAUCAUGAGAAUAAAACAGUCAAUAAAGUUACUGUGGUUGGAGGUGGAGAGCUGGGUAUUGCCUGCACAUUAGCAAUUUCAGCAAAGGGCAUUGCAGACAGGCUGGUCCUUUUAGACCUCUCAGAAGGGACUAAAGGAGCCACGAUGGACCUUGAAAUCUUCAACCUUCCUAAUGUGGAGAUCAGCAAAGAUUUGUCUGCCUCUGCUCAUUCCAAGGUGGUGAUCUUCACAGUCAACUCCUUGGGUAGUUCUCAGUCCUACCUUGAUGUGGUACAGAGCAAUGUGGAUAUGUUCAGAGCCCUUGUCCCAGCUCUGGGACAUUAUAGUCAACACAGUGUCCUGCUCAUUGCAUCUCAACCAGUGGAAAUCAUGACCUAUGUGACAUGGAAACUGAGUGCAUUUCCUGCAAAUCGAGUGAUUGGAAUUGGAUGUAAUCUGGAUUCACAGAGAUUACAGUAUAUUAUUACAAAUGUUUUGAAGGCACAGACUUCAGGCAAAGAAGUAUGGGUUAUUGGCGAGCAGGGAGAAGACAAAGUGCUCACAUGGAGUGGCCAAGAAGUAAUGAGUCAUACCUCUGAAGUGCAGCUGUCCAACAGAGCCAUGGAACUGCUUAGAGUAAAAAGUCAAAGAUCCUGGUCUGUUGGACUAUCAGUAGCUGACAUGGUUGACAGUAUUGUAAACAAUAAGAAGAAAGUGCAUUCUGUAUCAACUUUAGCAAAGGGAUAUUAUGAUAUAGAUAGUGAAGUGUUUCUAAGUUUGCCUUGCAUCCUUGGAAUCAGUGGAGUAUCUGAAGUCAUCAAAACCACACUGAAAGAAGAUACAGUUUCUGAGAAACUCCAAAGCAGUGCAUCCUCAAUCCAUGGUCUCCAACUACAGUUAAAACUUUGAUUCUCAAAUGCAAUUUAAGAGGCUGGACUUCUACCUAAAGGGAAAAGUCAUUUAAUUUUACCAAUAUAUAUAGGUUUGAGAAUUUCUGUAUCCUGCUAUUUAUCCUUACAAACUGCUUGGUUAAAGUAGAGGGUUUCUUGAUUAGCUCUGUGAUUUAAAUCCUUAAGAAGUUACAUAAGGAGGGGAAAAAUUAAUUUUAUUUGGGGUUCUUGAGAUAUCUAUGCUGUUCUUUAAAUCUACAGCAGGGGUAAACAUUCAUCUGAAGUGUGCAUCAAUUUAAAUCAUAUAUCCUAAACUAAAAGCACAGUUCACAAUUUGGGAAUAUUUUAUAAGUAAUACAUCUUUAAAAGAAAAUUACCCUUUGACUUUUAUAAUAAACAUAAGUUCAAGGCCCAGUAUGGAUUUACAAAAUCUGUAUCAAUUGUACAUUCACAGGAUCCACAGCUUAAGUUACUAAUGUUUCUUGUGUAAAAUCCUGUUGGUAGUACUAGUAAAGCAUUAUAUUUCCCUUCUUCAAAUUAAUUAGCUACCAAAAAAUGGAAAAGAAUUUUACAUGCACUUUAAAACAGAAAAUGGAAAGUGAAUUUUUAAAAUGAUAUGCAUUAAAAGUUUAAUUUAAUUUCCA